AUGAAGAGCUUCACUGACACAAUCAUCACCAUCAAUAAGAAUAGAGAAAACCAGGUCUUAGACCUGCAGCAGAAGAUUGAAUGUUUACAGAUGACUAUGCUGAAUCUGAAGAUCUUAUCACAAUUAUUCACAAUCUCUUCAGAAGUGUACACAUCAUCAGAGACUGCUGUGCAGAAUGGGAAUCUGAACAUGAAAUAUAUCAAGUCAGAAGAUAUGUCAGAGUCAUUAAGCUUCAAUGAUAACUGA